AUGCGCAAAAACCAUGCCCUUGCAUCCACUCCUGAAAUCCAGCCUUUAAAUGGUUUACUGGAUAAAGGCCAAUGUAAAUGGAUAGUUGACCUUGAAGUAAAAGGAAGCAUUCUGGAGGAGUCAGAGGAGGAAGAAGAGGAGGAGUUAGAGGACAAAAGAGAAGACCCCUUCUCCUCAGAAAACUCUUCUCCAAGGCACUCAUCUUCUUCACCAGACGAUUCUGAUGGAGAUGAGAGUGACGAUGAAGAUGACAAGGAAGAGGAGGAAGAAGAAGAGGACUUCCCUCCUGCCCACCAGUGGGAGGAGGAAGAGGAAGAUGACGAGCCUCCUACAAAGAGGAGGAGGGUUCGUGGGGGCCAUUCCCUUGAUGAGUAUGGCCCUGCCCAGGGAGAUACAAAUGACAUCGAUUAUGAGGCAGACUCAGACGCCUACAAGCCCCCAUCUCCAAAGGAUUAG